AUUUCCAUUUGCUUCUUAGAAUAAGGGUAGCAUUAGAGGUAAAACCCCCAAAACAAGCUGGAUAUUUUACAUUUCUUUAUAGAUUUGAUAUAUUGAUUAACUUACUGGGUAUUUUGCGCCUCCAGUCACACAAUCCUUAGCAGCCUUUUUAAAAAUCAAAUCAAAUCUCUCUGUCAUGCCUUCAGUAAAUGGGUGUGAGAAGGAGAAAAGAGGACGUUGCCAACCAAGAACAACCUUGUUCAACACUCAGCUACGCGAAGUAAACCAUGCCUCGGUCGUUCCUCGUGAGGAAUAAAAGGACUCACCUGUUGGUGCAUUUAAAGGAAUCCUAUAAACAGCACUCUCAGCCCCCUGAAGAAGAACCAGAGAGGAGGGGUCCUUCGUCCCCGAUGUUGGGGGUCAAAGACUUUCUGUCGUGCUCACCGUCUCUCAGCGCCCCCACACACGGUCCCUGGCCUUCAGUGGAGGGCAGAGAGGUUCCUCUGCAGGCAUCUGAGAGGGAGCGGCAUCUGGAGGGUCUGGUCUUCAUGUUGCUGAAACACACUUCGCACACUGACCUGCGAUCCCCCGUCAGCGAGUGUCCGCUCUGUGAGAAGUCUCUUUCAGAAGUUUUAACCUCAGGAGUUGGUCUUCAGGCUCAUCUUCACACAGCACUCUCUCUUCCUUCACCUCAAUCUCCCUCCGCCGGAGACCCCGUGCCCUUUGGCUUCAGAGCGUUAGGCAGCUAUGGUAGAGCUAAGGAGCGUAACUUUGGCUGUAAGGUGUGUGGUAAGGUGUUCAAGCGCUCGUCCACUCUGUCCACACACCUGCUCAUCCACUCAGACACCAGACCCUACCCCUGCCAGUACUGUGGGAAGAGGUUCCACCAGAAGUCUGACAUGAAGAAACACACCUUUAUACACACAGGUGAGAAACCCCACGUGUGCAAGGUGUGCGGGAAAGGCUUCAGCCAGAGCUCCAACCUCAUCACUCACAGCAGGAAGCACAGCAGCUACCGGCCGUUCAGCUGCCAUCACUGCCAGCACAACUUCCUGCGCCGGGCAGACCUGCAGAAACACAGAGAGACGCCGUGUGGAUACACAGAGACAUACACACAAAACUGAGUCUAUCAGGCAGUAGUGGUGCAGGAAUGAGUCCUAAAACCUGGAAAUUAGUAAGAAUUAUAGCAGUAGGAGUCCCUCGUCUUGAAGUCAAAGGUUUUUUGGUUAGAAUGACCAGAGAUGGCAAAAGUACACACAUGCUUUACUCAAGUAGAAGUACAGAUACUCGUGUUUAAAAAUACUCUGGUAGAAGUACUGACUAAACUUCUUUACUCAAGUAAAAGUAAAGAGGGCU